AUGUCGAGCAUCUCCCGUUCCGUCAACCUCCUGGCGCGCAGCAGCCGGGCCUCUCUGUUGCGCCCUCGCGCCGUCAACCCCGUUCACCAUGUUUUCGCCAGCGACAAGAUGGCUGUUCGUGGUCUGGCCACUGCUUUCGAGCGCACCAAGCCCCAUGUGAACAUCGGUACCAUUGGUCACGUCGACCACGGCAAGACCACCCUCACUGCCGCGAUCACCAAGCACCAGGCCUCGAAGGGUCUUGCCAACUUCCUGGAUUAUAACGCCAUUGACAAGGCUCCCGAGGAGCGCAAGCGUGGUAUCACCAUCUCGACCGCCCACAUCGAGUUCUCGACGGAGGACCGCCACUACGCCCACGUCGACUGCCCCGGUCACGCCGAUUACAUCAAGAACAUGAUUACUGGUGCUGCCAACAUGGACGGUGCCAUUGUUGUCGUUGCUGCUUCUGAUGGUCAGAUGCCCCAGACCCGUGAGCACCUGUUGCUCGCCCGCCAGGUCGGUGUGCAGAAGAUUGUCGUGUUUGUGAACAAGGUCGAUGCCGUCGAUGACCCGGAGAUGCUGGAGCUUGUCGAGCUGGAGAUGCGCGAGCUGCUCUCCAGCUACGGAUUCGAGGGCGAGGAAACCCCCAUCAUCUUUGGCUCUGCUCUCUGCGCCCUCGAGGGCCGCCGCCCUGAGAUCGGUACCGAGAAGAUCAACGAGCUCAUGACCGCCGUCGACACCUGGAUCCCUACCCCCGAGCGUGACUUGGACAAGCCUUUCCUCAUGUCCAUUGAGGAAGUCUUCUCCAUCCCCGGUCGUGGUACUGUCGUGUCUGGCCGUGUUGAGCGCGGUCUCUUGAAGAAGGAUACCGAGGUGGAGAUUAUUGGUGGCGGAGUCGAGCCCAUCAAGACCAAGGUCACUGACAUUGAGACCUUCAAGAAGAGCUGUGACGAGUCCCGCGCCGGUGACAACUCUGGCCUUUUGCUGCGUGGUGUCCGCCGCGAGGACCUCCGCCGCGGCAUGGUUGUCGCCGCCCCCGGUACCACCAAGGCCUGCAAUAAGUUCCUGGUGUCCAUGUACGUCCUGACCGAGGCUGAGGGUGGUCGCCGCACUGGAUUCGGCAACAACUACCGCCCGCAGGUUUUCAUUCGCACUGCCGACGAGGCUGCCGAUCUGUCUUUCCCCGACGGUGACGCCUCCCGUCGUGUCCAGCCCGGUGACAACGUCGAGAUGAUCCUCGAGACCCACAAGCCCAUCGCUGCCGAGGCCGGCCAGCGCUUCAACAUUCGUGAGGGCGGCCGCACUGUCGCGACUGGCCUGGUCACCCGUGUCAUGUGA